AUGUCCAGUUCAGCUACCCAGAAAGGAUGGUACUACAUCUACCUCCUCGUACUGUAUUCUCUGCCCUUGUCGGUUGUCGGCAACACAACAACAUACUACAUCAACAAGGUCAAAGACUAUUCUUCGCUGGCACAAUGCGCUGUUUCACCGCUGAGUGCUGUGGUCCGUGAUAUGAAGUCUGGCUGUGGAGACGGUGGACAAUACAGUUCCUACAGUUGCUUUUGUACCGCCAGCUCGUCCCAGUUUGCCAACAUCAUCUCCAGUGCGAUUGAAUCGGAAUGCGGGACACAGUCGGAUAGUCAGAUCUCCACAGCUUUGGAUGUCUUUUAUAGCUAUUGCCAGCUCAAUACAAGCACGACAGCAUCAUCUGCGUCCACACACACAGACACUACAACAACUUUAUCGUCUACUUUAUCGACUACUGCAGCGCCGGCGUCUACCUCGACGCUUGCAACCCUCACAACAGUUCAAACUUCCACUUCUGAUACCACUUCCGGCGCUGUGUCAUCCAGCCCUACACGAACAGACGUACCGUCCAGCAAAUCAUCUAGUUCGCUCAGCACAGGAAGCAAAGCCGCCAUUGGCGUCUGUGUGUCUCUUGGUGCCAUUGGCAUAGCGGCUCUCACUUUCCUUAUUAUUCGAAAACGUUCCCACCGCAAGGCGCAAGAUCGAGACGGGGUCAAAUUGAAUUCGAACACGGCUACCCCGCGAGAUAUCCGUACGCCAGAUGAAAUGAAACCGGAUAAGUGGCAGACAUUUGAAUUGAUGGAGAAUCCUCCCAGGAUGGGCAGCCAUAUUCAUGAGCUCUCCGCUGGGAAUGUUCCACGCCAUGUGUAG